AUGUCCAUCUCUGCCACACAGACUGCCUAUGCUCCUCCAGCUGCGCUACCUCUUGACCCACCGUCGGCAUCAGCUGAAUCUUCUGCCUUCGCCGCUCGUAUCGCCACGCUUGAAGCUUUCUUUUCUCAACCACGCUUCGCAUCUUUGAAACGUCCAUACUCAGCUGCAGCUGUCGCAUCUAAGCAGGGCUCUCUUCCCGCACUUCCCCUCCCGUCCACACUCCUCGCCGACAAGCUAUAUGCACUAUUUGAGAGGGCUGCGGCCGAAGGGCGUCCAGUGCAUACCAUGGGCGCGGUUGAUCCGGUACAGAUGACGCAGAUGGCGCGUUGGCUAGAAGUCGUCUACAUCUCUGGUUGGGCCGCGAGCAGCCUGCUCACCACGGCAAACAACGAGGUUGGCCCUGAUCUGGGUGACUAUCCUUAUACAACUGUCCCCAAUCAGGUUCACCGCAUCUUCCGUGCUCAACAAUUGCACGAUAAGAAACACUACGAUGCACGAAACGAGGCGACACCUGAACAGCGCGCUGACAUGCCAUAUAUUGAUUAUCUUCGACCUAUCAUUGCGGAUGCGGAUACGGGACACGGCGGAACAUCUGCUGUGAUGAAGCUCGUCAAACUGUUUGCUGAGUCGGGCGCGUCUGCUAUUCAUCUCGAAGACCAGCUCCACGGCGGCAAAAAGUGUGGUCAUCUCUCUGGCAAAGUCAUAGUCCCCACCAGCACGCACAUCUCACGCCUCACUGCCUCGCGCUUCCAACUCGACCUGAUGCAAAACACGAUGCUCCUGAUCGCGCGCACUGAUGCCGAGUCUGCACGUUUACUCUCUUCGACAGUUGACGCGCGUGAUCACCCGUUCAUUAGGGGCGUCGCAUCGAAGGCGCCGGACGGGACGCGCAGGCGCGGGCUGGCAGAGACAUUGGACCAAGCCGAGGCGCGGGGUUUGAGCGGAGGGGAAAUUGAUCGUCUCGAAAAGGAGUGGUUCGACAGCGUGGAGUUGUCUACUUUCGACGAGGCCGUCGAGCGCGCCAUCAAGACGUCGAAUGGUGUCGCCCCAAACCGGAAAGAUUCCGAGAUUCAGCAGUACCGCACUGCAGUCAGGGGCAAAUCAAAUCAGGAUGCCCGAGAAAUAGCAGCUGGCAUCCUCGGCGAACAAGUCGAUUGGGAUUGGGACCUACCCCGCACCCGCGAGGGCUACUAUCACGUCACGGGUGGGAUCGAAUCGGCGGUCUCUCGAGCGCUCGCGUUUGCGCCCUACGCGGAUCUAAUAUGGCUGGAGACAAAGAUGCCGGACUUGAAGCAGGCGCGCAGCUUUGCGAGAAGGAUACGCGAGAAGCACCCCGGAAAGUGGCUAGUGUACAAUCUGAGUCCUUCUUUCAACUGGAGCGCACAUGGGUACUCAGAUGAGGAUUUGAAGAAGUUCAUAUGGGAGCUGGGGAAGGAGGGCUUCGUCCUCCAGCUGAUCUCACUUGCAGGACUGCACAGCAACGCUGUUGGGUUUGCGGAACUCGCCCAGCGUUUCAAGACGGACGGGAUGCUCGCGUACGUCGAAACUGUGCAACGGAAGGAGAAGGAAAUUGGCUGCGACGUCUUGACGCACCAGAAGUGGAGUGGGGCAGACUACAUCGAUCGAAUCCUCACGACACUGGCCUCGGGGUCUUCGAGCACGUCAUCGAGUGGGAAGGACAACACUGAGCAUUCGUUUUGAACUCCAAGCGGCCCUUCAUACUCCCUUCAUUGUGUCGAAAGACCCUAGCCUUGGAAUCAGUUGGUGCAUAGAUACUUCGGUCAAUGCAUGCUGUACCAGUAGAUACCGAGUGCCCGGGAUGAUUGGGUGUUUGAUCUCGUC